AUUUAAUCACAUUCAAUUGUUGGCCUGUUUUGUAAACAACCGCGCAAUUAAUAUAUUUUAUUGCAUUUCAGAUGCAUUUCUAGAAAUUUUACUUUAGGAAUAUUGUUAUUAAAAUAAGGAAAAUGUCAAAGCGAAAUAGCAAACGUUUGCCGAAAAUCCCUAACGUCAACGCUGGAAAAAUCUGUGAAAUUUUAGUGGAAAACUUUUUAACUUACAAAAAAUUUAAAUUUAAUGCAGAACCGUAUUUAAAUUUAAUUAUUGGACCAAAUGGAACUGGCAAAUCAUCAAUUGUUUCAGCAAUCGUUCUUGUAUUCGGCGGAGAGCCAAAAUUACUGGGACGUAAUAAUGAUCUUAGUACAUAUGUUCGCAGCGGGUCGUCGGCUGCUUACGUUUGUGUUAAAAUUAAUGGUAAAAACAAUAACGAAUACGUCAAAUUUCAACGAAACUUCAAUAUAGAAUGUGUCUCUGAAUAUAGAAUAAAUGACACUUUGGUAACUAAGGCAGCAUAUUUAAAAGAAGUGAAUAGUUUCAAUAUUCAAAUAAGCAACUUAUGUCAAUUUCUACCACAAGACCGUGUUCAAGAAUUUGCGCGUAUGUCCAGUCAUGAUAUGCUAUUAAACACAUUAAAGUCUGUCUGCUCUGAACAAGUAAGUCUAGAUCUUACUACUCUGAUCACAUUAAGAAAACAACAAGUAAAUGGUGUUAAAGAUAUAACAAGUUGGAAGAAAAAAUUACUGGAAUCUGAAAACAGAUUAAACGACCUAAAAGCAAUCAUAAAUUCCUAUAAACUACGUAAUAAUAUAUGUGAUAAAAUCGGCUUAUGCAAUCUAAAAAAAGUAAAUUUAGAAAAAAGCGUUAAAGAAACUGAAAUAAAAUCUUACAAAAAAGACUUAAAUGAAGCUACUAAAGUAUUAAAUAAAUAUACAGCAUUGGUAAAGUCUAUGAUGUCAAAAAAGAACAAAAUUAAGAAUCAAACUGAACAACUCUCAGCUGAAGUCCAAAAAGCGAAUUUAGAAGAACAGAAAUUCGACGAGGAAAUAGAAAUGUGUUUUCAGCAAAUAGAUGAAGCUAAUAAUAAUAUUACUAGAGCAAAAUAUGAUUAUAAGCAAAAAGUUGAAGGAAUUCAGCAAAAGCAAAAGCAACUUCAAAAAGCAAAAGAUCUUUAUAAAAUGAACUGCACAGAUUAUAAAAGAAUGGAAGCCGAAAUAGAGACGCUUGAUAGUUCUAUGGCCGCUAUUUGUUCCAAAAAAGAAAAACUAGAGUCUACACUCAAAUCUUUAGUGCAGGAGCGAUCAGUUAUAUCAAAAGAAAUUGAAGAAGAUCUUAUUCCAAUGAAACAACAAAUACAACACACAAUGAAUAAUUAUAAAGAUAAAAUUAAAAAAUAUGAAGAGUUUUUCAGAACCAAUUAUCCAGAUGUGCUUAAGGCAAAUAAUUGGAUUAAACAAAAUAAGAAUUUGUUUAAAGGAAAUGUUUUUUCCCCCAUUUUAAUGGAGAUUAAUAUCUCUGACCCGAAUAAUGUUAAAUAUUUUGAAAACAUAAUACCUAUACGUGAUUUGUGUGCAUUUACUGUUGAAGACAUUGAUGACUUUUCACUUCUGGUGAAUGAACUAAAUACGAAAUUAAAUUUGAAAAUUAAUUUAUGCUUCUCGGAACCAGCAACUAAGUGUCACUAUACGCCAAAUGUGUCUCUUUUACAAUUAAAGCCAUACGGAUUUCAUUCCUAUAUGGUUGAUUUGGUAAAAGGCCCUCCGUCAAUAAUCAACCAUCUGUGUUCCUUAUUUAGCAUACAUAAUAUACCUGUCGGGAACGCUGAUGUACAUAAACAUACCGCAAGCAUACCUGUAAAUAUACAUACAUUUUUUGGUGAAAAUUCUCGUUACUCUGUAAAAAUUUCCAAAUAUUCAAAACAGCCGUCAACUGUUAAAAAUACAAUCGCUGGUAAAAAUAUAAUAUCCAGUCAAAAUCCUCAAGAAAUUAAUGAUAUCAACCAAAAAUUGGUAAAUAUUACGAAAGAAUUAGAUUCGAAACGAAAUCAAAAAACACUAAUUGAGGCACAAAUAUCAACAAUAAAAGAAGAACGUUCCCAAUUGAAAUCCAAAUGUGAAACUUUACUACAUAAAAAAACUAAUCUAAAAAGGGCUGAAAACGAGAUUGAUGAAAGAAAAAAGGAGAUUAAGAAACUUACUGCAUAUGUAGAAGGUAUUCCUCAGUUAAAAGAGUCAUACAAAGCAACUGUCAAUGGAUUCAUAGAAGAAAAUCGCCGUGCUGUUCGAUUAAAAAUAGUUAAUACAAACAAUAUAGUAAAUGUGAUUUUAAGAAAGACACAAGCAAUGGAUCGGGCUAGAAUUUACAAUUCCGAAAAAGAAAAUAUAGAUAGUGAAAUUCAAGAAGCGGAAAUAAAGCAACAAGAUAGUAAUGCAGUGGUGGCGAAAAUAACUGCACAGAUUGAAAAGCAAAAAAGUGUUCUGGAGGAGAUACAAAGAAAAAUUCUACACUUAAAGAAGAAAUAUAAUGCGAAUAAUCCAUAUUUUGAAGAAUUGCCCACUUCGUUGGAUGAAGUGAAUGAUAUUAAAAAUGAAUUACUUGCACGUCUAGAAUGCAUGGAGGAAAUAGAUCCAGAAGUUAUAAGAGAGCACGAAAGUAAAGAUUUGGAAGUGAAAGAAUUGACUGAAAAGAUCAAAACAUUGGAUAACAGUGUAGAAAAUGGAGAAUCUGAAAUUAAAAGAAUAUAUGAUAAAUGGUUUCCAAUAGUUAAUAAUGUUAUUGACGCGAUUAAUAAAAGUUUUAGCGAGUUUAUGGCUGAAAUGAAAUAUGUUGGUGAAGUAAUUUUAUAUAAAGUAGACGAUUAUGAUUUCGAGAAGUAUGGUAUCCAAAUAAAUGUCCAAUUCAGAAAGAACGUCCCACUUCAAGUUCUUGAUAAGUAUGUGCAAUCGGGAGGCGAAAGAGCUGUUGCGACUGCUACUUACACUUUAGCUCUUCAACAAUUAACUCAUGUUCCGUUUCGUUGUGUAGAUGAAAUCAAUCAAGGAAUGGAUUCGACUAAUGAACGCAAAAUAUUUAAUAUGAUUGUUAACGAAACCACCGCUCCGAAUAAACCGCAGUUCUUCUUAGUUACACCAAAGCUGCUACCCAAUUUACCAUGUAACGAGAGAAUGGCUAUACAUGUAAUAUUUAACGGAUCAGUAAACGCAGACUGCUUCUCUUAAAACAAUUAUUGGUUUUUUGUUAUUUUUAUAUUAAAAAUAAGU